CUCGCUCUUUGUUUCUCCUACAAAAAAAAAAAAAUGUCGAUCGAUUCUGCCGUUUCUAUUCUAUGGGAUGUCUUGAAGUACGUAAUUGUUCCCAUCAAGCGUCAAUUCGGAUAUGUGAUGUCCUCCAAGAGUUACGCCCUGGAUCUUGAGAAGGAAGUGGGGAAGCUGGCGUACGAGGCCGAGAUGGUCCAGAAUGCUGUGGAAGUGGCUAGAAACAAUCUUCGGAAUGUCUAUAGUCAUGUCGCGCAGUGGCAAGUAAGUGCUGAGAAGGCCUUGAAGGAGGCGCGAGACCUGUUGGACGACUUUGAAAAGGCCACGAAGACUUGCUGCUACGGGAGUCUUCCCGACCCCAAUUGUCGCUAUCAGUUCAGCAGGAAGGCCAAGCACAUGAUCGAGGACAUUCAGCGACUCGCUCAAGAAUGCAGUCAAUUCAAGGAUAUCUCUUCCAGCGGUCCAGCUCCAGGGAAUGUCGCUGCUUCGACUCCGGCCAGGAGAGAGGGCAAAGUUGUCGUCCAGUCGACCGCCGCAACGGCCUUCGCUUCUUCGGCCUCGAUGUCGAUUAAGCUUAAGGAUGACGACAUCUUCAAAUCCAGAGAAUUGAUCAUGCGAGAGAUCAUGGCCGCUCUUGCCGAUAAGAACAAUAGCGUGGUUGGGAUUUACGGGAUGGGUGGGGUCGGCAAGUCCACCCUAUUGGCGGAUGCCGAAAGGAGAAUAAGGAAAGAGAAGUCGUUUGAUUGGGUCGCUAAGGCUGACGUGUCGGAAAAUCAAGACAUCAAGAGGAUUCAAGGAGAGAUUGCGCACGCGUUGAAGCUGGACAUGAAGGAUGCAGAGUAUGUCAAUUCCCGAGCGGAGCGUCUGCGCGCGAGAUUGGAAGAUGAGGUGAGUGAGAAAAAGAAGGUCCUCAUAAUACUGGACAACCUGUGGAAGGGGCUGGACUUGAAAUCAGUGGGCAUUCCUUGCGGACAUGACAACAAAGUCAUAGGAUGCAAGUUGUUGUUGACGUCAAGAGAUCGUGAUGUUUUGCGAAGGGGUAUGGGCUGCGACAGGGACUUCCAUCUUGAUGCGCUGAAGGAGGAAGAGGGAAAGAGAUUGUUUGAGAGGACGGUGGGAGACAAAGUUCAUGAUGACCCAUUCAAAUCCUUGGUGGAUAAAGCACUCCACAAAUGUGCAGGUUUGCCUUUCCUGAUUAUUGCAAUGGCGAAUAUUUUUAAAGACGCCAAGUUUCCAGAAUGGAGGGAUGUUUUGAGACAAAUCGAGAUGUCUACAAACAAAGGAAUCAGUGAGCAGAUAAAUGAGAUGUUGCAGUUGAGUUAUGAUCGUUUGAAAGGGGAGGAUGGCAAGGAGGCGAAGUCAUUGUUACGGCUCUGUGUUGUUUAUGGUGUCUCUAAGCCCUCUCUUGAAAACUUGGUGAGGUACGGUGUGGGUUCGAGGUUAUUUCGAGAAGAUAGCAGCAUGGAAGAAGUUAGAGAUAGGUUGAGCUCACUGAUCCGGACCUUGAAAGCCUCCUCCCUUUUGUUAGCAGACGAUGAAGAUGUUGAUGGUUUCAAGAUACAUGAUUUGGUUCGUGGAUUUGUUGCCUCGGUUGCUUCAAGAGAUGACCCUCUUCUCGUGUUGAAAGAUAAUGAUAAGUCGGUGACAGAUUUGCCCAAGGACAAGCUCAAAAGUUGUACAGCAAUAUGCUUUCCCUACGUUGACAUGAAGGAGCUUCCCGAAGAGUUAGAUUGCCCUGAAAUGCAGAUCUUUUUGUUGUUCACUAACAAUGAAUCUCUUAAGGUCCCAAAUUCAUAUUUCAGCUCUAUGAGAAAGCUCAUGGUCUUACAUCUUUCUCAGGUUCGUCUCACUCGUUCACCUUCGCCGUUUAAGUUCUUGGAGAAUUUACACACUCUGUGUCUUGAUGGUUGUUUGUUAGAGGAUGUAGCCAUGAUUGGCGAGCUAAAAGGGCUACAUGUUCUCAGCUUUGUGAACUCCAAAGUUCAACGAUUGCCAAAAGAAAUUGGACAAUUGGUAGAGCUGAGGUUGUUAGACUUGAACCAUUGCUCACGACUUGAGAUAAUUGAACCGGGUGUGCUUGGAAGCUUGAUAAAAUUGGAGGAGCUGUAUAUGGAGAAUAGCUUUGAUCGAUGGAAUGCCGUGGAGCAAAGUCCACCGACUAAUGCCAUGCUUAUUGAGUUGAAUAACAUGAAGAAUCUAUACACUUUUCAUGUGUCCAUUCUCGAUCCGAGUGUUCUCCCAGAGGAUCUAAAUGUCAAGAAAUUAACUAAGUACAAAAUCCAAAUAGGUUACAUGCAGUACUGGCCAAGUCAAAAAGGAUCGAGCACAUUGCAGCUUAAGUUAGAUCCAACAAGCGAUAUUCUUCAUAAAGGAUGCAUACAAACUUUCUUAGGCAAAACUGACGAUGUAUUUUUGGACGGACUAGGCGGAAUUGAGCACAGUAUUUGCGCGUUGUCUCAAGAAGGCUUUCGAAAAUUAAAGCAUCUACAUGCUGAGAAUAGUCCCUCCGUCUACUACGUCCUCCAAUCGCCCCCCCAUACAGAUUUUAAGAAGUUGGAGUCGUUAGUUCUCAAGAAUCUCAUCAACUUGGAGAAGAUAUGCAACAAUCAUAUCUCCUCCAAGUCCUUGAGUGCAUUAAAAGUAGUACGAGUCGAAAGUUGCGACAAGAUGGAAGUUUUGUUUCCUCUUUCAUUAUUGAAAGAACUUCCACAGCUUGAAGAGAUUCGAGUUGUCAUGUGCCACUUAAUGCAGGAGAUUGUGCAAGUUGAUGAUUGUGGUAAAGUUGAGUUGAGUAAUUUGCAUGUAUUAGAAUUGCGUGACUUGCGAAAUAUCAAGAACUUUUUCACCGCUGGGACGGCUGCUUCAAGUAGUACAUCAAAAGACCAAGUUGGCACUCAAGUUGCAUUCUUCAAUGGGCAACAGGUUUCAAUCCCAUCGUUGGAGUCCUUGACUAUGGUUGGACUUCCCAAUCUGGAAGAUAUAUGGACUGAUGAAUCUCCAUUAGGGCUGAGCAACCUCCAAUUUCUUAAGGUGUCUUCAUGCAAAUCUAUUUCAAAGGUUAUUUACUCUAGGUCACUGGCAAACCUACACAAGUUACACACUUUAGAGGUAGAAGCUUGUGUUUCGGUGCAAGAAAUUUUUGACCUUGACGGACUAGGCGCCAAUGCAAAUAUUGAGACUCUCUCUGAGCUAAGCACCAUCAAUAUAGAUGAUUUACCAAGCUUGAGGCACAUAUGGAACAAGAAUCCUUGUGGAAUCGUGAGAUUCCAUAAUUUAAAGCAGUUACGUGUGUCUGGUUGUAACAACCUCGUGUUUCUAUUUUUGCCAUCCGUGGUUCAAUCUCUCUCACAAUUGAGAGAACUAAAGGUAUUAGAUUGCAAGAAGAUGGAGGCGAUCCUUAUGGAGGAAGAAGGGUUAAGAACAGAAACUCUAGUAUUCCCGAUGUUAACCAAUUUAGUCCUUGCAAGUUUGGAAAGUUUGACGUGCUUCUCUCGCAGAGAAUGUUCACGAGAAGCUCAGAGUGAGGACUGCGUCAAAUCGUGCUCUACUACCCUCUUCAAUCAAGAGGUUGCAUUUCCUAGCUUGGAGACAUUAGACAUCGUUGGCAUGGAUAAUAUUGAGAUAAUAUGGGACAAUCAAGUUGCUGCGGAGUCUUUCCACAAACUGAAAUCGCUCAGUGUUUAUCAAUGCAAUAAGCUAGUGAACAUCGUUCCUUCUUGCAUUCUUGGUCGGCUCAAGAGCCUGGAAAGUUUGGACGUAGGAUCAUGUGGUUCGCUUGAAGUUGUUUUCAACCUUCAGCCGCUAAAUCCUCUAGAUGGACAUCCCAUUGCUCGUUUUCCGUUAAAAAAGCUAAACUUAGGUGGAUUACCAGAGCUAAAGUGUGUAUGGGAUAAGGAACUCCACAGCCAAGUCAAAUUCCAGUGUCUCCAUUCUGUUACCAUUUCCAGAUGCAAGAGCCUCGCCUCUCUGUUUCCAGCCUCAGUAGCAAUACAUCUAACCCAACUUGAGGAGUUAGAGAUCAAUGAAUGUGGCAUUGUGGAACUCAUCGAGAAGGAAGGACUAGUUCUUGAGGCUGUCUUCCCAAAGUUAACCUCCCUCCAGCUUAAGUAUCUAACGGAGUUGAAGUGCAUCUACACAGGAACACAUGCUUUACGUUGGCCAGCAUUGAAGACCUUGGAGGUGCAUGGCUGUAACAAAGUGGAGACACUUGCUUCGCAACCCAAUAAUGAGAUGCCACUUCAUAAACAACCUCUGUUCUUGAUAGAAAAGGGCGCAUUCCCAAAUCUAGAAGAGUUAAAAUUGGAUUUAUUCGAACGGAUGGAGAUAUGGAAUGGACAUUUUCAUGAUGGAGAAUUCUUCUGCAAGCUAAGAGUUCUUGAGCUUCAUCAUUGCUCGCAGGAACCUGCUAUAUCCACGUAUCGUUUUGUUCAAAGUUUAACCAACUUGGAAAAGCUGGUUGUAUGCAAAUCUUAUCUAGAAGAGCUAAGCAUCAUUAUGAAAGCCAUAGAAGGUCCAAGUCAUGAGCAAAAAGUACUAUUACCCUUUUCAAGAUUCUAUCAAAACCUCAAGAUUCUAGAUGUGUCACGUUGUGAUGGGUUAUCCAAUAUGUUUACAUCGACAAUAGUUGGAAAUUUGGUAAAACUCACAAAAUUGAGGAUAAGUAACUGUAAAAAGUUGACAGAAGUCAUUUGUGACGAGGGAGGUGAGGAGGGGCUUGUGCUGGCUUUCAAUCAAUUGAAGUAUAUGGAGCUUGAUGGGUUGACAGGGUUGAGAUGUUUCAGCUCAAUUAAUUACACUCUAAAGUUCCCUCUCUUGGAAGAUGUCAUUGUGAGUGGAUGUCCCAGCAUGAAGUUCUUCUCUAGGGGAUCAAUAGAGGCACCAAAGCUGGAGAGAGUACAAGUAUCAACGGAAGCUUGGUUUUGGAAGGGAGACCUCAACAUCACCAUCCAAAAUAUGUUUGAAGAAAUGGCUACGGUUUCUGGAAUAGAGUUUUUGCGGCUGUCUGAGUUCCCUGAGCUGAUUGGAAAAUGGCACAGCGAACUUAAUCCCAUCAAGUUAUCUUGGCAAUUACAAUCACUGAUGGUGGAUAAAUGUCCAUCAUUUAUUAAUGUUAUUCCAUCCAGAUUGAUGCUUCUUUUACACAACGUGAUAAGAUUGUGGGUGCGCGAUUGUGGGUCGCUGGAAGAAAUAUUCGAUCUUGAAGGAUUGAAGGUAGUGGAAAGCACUCGGGUGCUGCCUAGGUUACAGUUUCUAGACUUGGUCAAUCUACCAAAGUUGAGGCGACUAUGGAACAACGAUCUUCAAGGGACAUUGCGCUUCAAUAGUAUGUUUAGUCUUACCCUUUAUAAUUGUGGUAACUUGAGACAUGCUUUCACUCCAUCGAUGGCUCGGUGCCUUGCCAAUCUAUGGCGGAUGGAAAUAAAGGAGUGUGGUCAGAUGGAAGGAGUGAUUGCAGAGGAAGAAGGGCAGGGAAGCUCAAUGGAGAAGAUUACAUUCCAGAAUCUCUAUAGGAUGGAGCUGGAAUGCUUGCCCAAUUUGACUAGUUUCCUCUCGGUGAAGAAUCAUACGCUGGAUUGUCCCAAAAUAAAAUAUCUGACCAUUGCCCACUGCCCCAACAUGAGAAGUUUGACUUGGCAAUCUUUGACGGAGAUUGACCACCACACUCCUUCGCUCUUCACUCCACAGGUACAAUUUCCUGUGCUUAAGUCGAUGGUUCUCUCCCACAUGGACAAUUUAAGCAAGAUAUGGACCGACAGUCCUCGAGAUACUCUCACUUUUGAACAUUUAGGGAAAGUGAAGGUUGACAAUUGUAAGAGCCUUGAAAAUCUAUUUCCGCAUUGGGUGGCUACAAGUCUGACCCAACUUGAGAAGCUUCGAGUGGAGUCUUGUUGGAUCGAGGAAAUAGUCAUGAGGGGAGAUGGCACUCCACACUCGACUACUAAUCAAGUUCUUUUCCCACAACUGACCUCUCUGGUGUUCCAUGAUAUGCCACGACUCAAGAGCUUUUGCCCUAAGUCGCCUACUUUGAAUUGGCCAUUCUUGAAGAAAUUGCGAGUGACUCAUUGUGACAAACUAAACAUGUUGUCUUUUGCUGCGACCAUGAACAAAUGGGCUCAGGGAGAUGAUCAACAGGAACUUUCAAACCAAGAAGCACACUCUUCAUUUGAGAGGGUCAUUCCCACCUUAGAGAGACUUUUAUUAGUCGAUAAGGAUAUUCGGAUGAUACAUAAUGGAAAAUUUUCCGAUGACAUCUUUGGCAAGCCAAAAGCACUAACAUUGGCAUGCUUUCAUGAUGAAAGGGCCGUCUUUCCUCCCAUAUUUCUCCUACAAAGAUUUCAAAACCUACAAAGCCUUGAGGUCUUCUGUAGUUCUUUUGAAGAUAUAUUCCUUGAUGAAGGGCUUGUUGACGAGGGAAAAUAUCCGGUGCUUGAAAAUUUAAGAGAACUUAAGUUAAGCAAGCUACCCAACCUAAAACGUGUAUGGAGAAAAGACUAUUUAGUGACAAAAGUUCUUCAGAGUAUUCACAAAUUUGAGGUUUGGGAUUGUCCUGGUUUGACAACAUUAUUUCCAGCCGUGACAUCCUUCCAGAAUUUGACGGAGUUUGUGGUGAAGAAUUGCUCUGGAUUGGUAAAUCUAGUGACAGUUUCAGCAGUCACAAAUUUGGUACAUCUUAUUAACAUGACUGUAAUAGGAUGUGAAAGAAUGAAAGAAGUAGUGACAAACGAUGAAAACGAAAAAGGAAUGGUGAUUUCUUUUGGGAAGCUAAGUUGGUUGAGACUCCAAAAUCUGCCAAGCCUAGAAUGCUUCUCCUCCGGCACAAGUUGCAGCUUCAGGUUUCCAUCCUUGUACUAUGUUGAAGUGGAAGAGUGCUCGAAAAUGAAGAUCUUUUCUAAGGGUACGCUAAUCACACCACAACUAAAAUAUGCGAGACUGUUCAGAUACGAGUGGGAUUGGAACUUGGAGGGUGAUCUCAACACAACCAUACAAAAGUUAUCAGCAUAAAUAAAUGCACUUAAAAUUGGUGCUACAGGGGGUACGGAGAUCUCAAAGUUACCGAGGCACAAUCAGAAACUGAGAUGAAGAAAAUUCUAUUGAGAAAUGAAUGUCUUUUCCAACUAAGUGCUUCAUUUAAUUAAGUUGGCUCCUACAAAGCCACAGAACUAGUUAAGGUCGAGAUGUCACAACUCAUCAAAACAACUUGUCCUCAAGGGAUGAUUUCUCGUCUCUGGAGAGAAGAUGAAGAGCAUCGGCACCGGCAAAGUUUUGCACCGGAGACACCUCAUUUCUUCAAGAUCAUACUCUCUCAGACGCUUCAAACUGGAAGGCUUUUGAGCUUCAAAGUUUAGAUGGUUUCUCGCUGAAGAGAAACGAGAAGGAUGAAUUGCAUGGAAAACCAUAUCAUCAUAAGCCUUCCAAGGUGAUAUAUUCUGGUCCCGUUAGUUAUGUCGAUGAUGCUGCUAUUUCACAUGCAAUUGUACUCGCAUCUGGUUCCAAAUCCAAAGGCUUCCAAACUGAUCAAGGAGCUAAGCUUUUGCCACAAGAUUCAGAAGGUAGGAUGGAAAAUUCUAAACACAAGGUGAGCCCUACCAUGCUGGCUUCCGGUAGUUCUACUUCUAAACGUUCGCGGGUAACUACGGCUCACAAAGCAGCCAAGAAGUACGAGCUGCAAUAUCCUUCAUUCAAAGCAGUUAUCCAGUCACAUAAUCUAUUGAAGCAAAAUGUGAUUGUCCCAGGCUGGAUUUUAAAGGGACGCAUCAAUGGAAGCAUUUUACCACAACUUUUAAAUAUUUGGACGGAUCAUGGCUAGUGAAGCUCCUGUACUACCCACAACAUGGCUCGGGAAACCUCUCUCUCAGUUGGGCUGCAUUUCAGAGAGGAACUUCUCUAAAGCAAGGAGAUGUAUGUGUGUUCGAGCUGGUUAGAAUUGAUAAUAUUGAAAUCAAAGUCUCCAUUUUCAGAAGGAAUGUCAACACAUAGGCAUAAACUUUGGUGUGCCUAGAGAAAAAUCUCUGCUUCGCUAUGUUUUGUUUUGUUCAUCAGAUGAGAGAACGCAAAACUUUCCGCUGCAAGUAAUUGAAUGGUGAUGUAUUUCCUGAUGUUUUUUUGGAGAGUAGUGAACAUAACACCUGGACAUUGCAUCUUCCAAAA